CCUGUUGAACCUACAGCAGUACCCUGAGUUUUCUUCAGGGGUCUGCAGGAAGCAUGGGGAGGGACUGGAGAAAUAGGACGAGGGGUACACCCCAGCAGGUCCGCGGCUCUCCCGUGCUGAAGACUCCAGAGCUGCACAGCGCUCCAGAUCUGAAGAAGACUCAUCCUUCAGAAGUAGCAUGCUCACAGUCUUCUUGGCCAAUGAUUCUUCUACAGCAAGCAGGACUUCUUCCUCAUCCUGAGAAGCCUUCAUCUCUUCCUAUGUCAGUGGUUACAAGGCCAAGAGCCAGCUCGCCACUGUCCCCACCAAAAUCUCUCGAACUGGGGCCUUCCUUUCAUACACAAGAAGAGGAGGUUGCAAAGGUGGAGGAGCAGGACCCUAUGUUGGAAGAACUAUGUAAGCCUCUGUGCUGCAAGCUGUGCAAUGUCACUCUGAAUUCAGCACAACAAGCCCAGGCUCAUUACCAGGGUAAAAACCACAGUAAGAAACUCCGAAAUUACUAUGCUGCCAAUAGUUGUCCAGCACCUGCCAGAAUGAGCAAUUCGGUUGAGCCUGCCCCGCCUCAGAUUGUCACCCAUCCCGCUCAGGUGGGAUCCAGUAAACCGGGUGGCAGAGUGAUCUUGGCCACAGAGAAUGAUUACUGCAAGCUUUGUGAUGCCUCGUUUAGUUCUCCGGCUGUGGCACAGGCUCACUACCAAGGGAAAAAUCAUGCCAAGCGGCUGCGCCUUGCAGAAGCACAGAAUAACUCGUUCUCGGACGCAUCAGAACUAGGCAAACGGAGGGCAAGGAAAGAAGGGAAUGAAUAUAAGAUGAUGCAGAACAGAAGAAACAUAUAUACAGUUCAAAACAACACAGGUCCUUACUUCAAUCCCCGCUCACGCCAGAGGAUUCCUCGGGAUCUGGCCAUGUGUGUCACCCCCAGUGGCCAGUUCUACUGCUCCAUGUGCAAUGCCGGGGCCAGCGAGGAGAUGGAGUUCAGACAGCACUUAGAAAGCAAGCAGCAUAAAAGCAAGGUGUCGGAGCAGCGGUACCGGAGCGAGAUGGAGAACCUAGGCUAUGUACAAUGACGCGCCACCCUUGGUAGUAGUUCGCCAAUAGAGCAGCUUGUCUCUCGCCUGCUGUUUGCCACAUGCCCUGCUUUGUGCUCCAUUUGAUAGGAGUAUGCUCUUGAGCUGUACAUGUAACACCUGCAAACUUAAUGGUAUGGUUAGAUUUUUUUUCUGUCCUAGUUGGCAGGAUGAUGCUGUGCAGGACAUGAAGUGUUUUUGGUGUUUGUUUGCUAAUUAUCUAAGGCUCUUCAUUGUAUUGAGUGGUGGGGAGGACUUUGUCUUCUUCUCAGCCUUCUGCACAAAUAUGCAACGCUCAAGAAGUGCUGGGAACUUCUGUGAUUGUACCACAGAGGUGGACCAUGUGCAAAGCCCACUCCCCUCCUUGUGCACCACACAGCAGUGCUCCAGAAUUCCUCCCUUUAGCAGACUGAAUCUCUGGGCAGCUUGUAAAAAAGGAGCAGGAGCUGGGCCUGUGAAUUUGUGAAUUAGGUGGUGUACUUGUCCACAAAUUGCUGCUUGUGGCCUCCAUUACAGCCCAGAGUAGGUUCUUUCCACAUCUUUAUAGAAAGGCUGUGCAUACCUCUCCUCCUUGGAGAGUCUUGCCUCUUACUGCUUCAUCUGAGAUGCAGAUUUCAUUUGGAACAUCUGGCAUUGGAUAUCAGCUGAUUAGCCCCAUUUUGAAAAGCUCUCUUCCACCAGUUAACAAUGGAGAGAUUCUCUGUGUAGUUGGCUGAGCAUCCUAAUGCACCGUGGGUGUAUUUCGUCUCCCUGAAGAGUGUCCGUGGGGAUCUCAGUGGUUUAAUGAAAUGAAUCAGAAAGCAAAGCUGCUCAGAUGAGAUGUGCUCUGCUCUGAUUCUGCCUUAGACUGAGUGAGGUUGAGAAUAUAUUGGAGCGAGCUGUCAGAUGUAGUUUCUUUGCAUACUGAUGUGGAAGAGAGCAAGUGUUAAUCUGUGGUCUGCAGCUCUAUUGCUUUGAGAGAGCAGGGCUGUUUGGCCUUUGAGGAACAGACACUGGUAUUGCCCACUUCCAUGCCAUUCCCUGGACAAAUCCCAGUGGGUCUUACAGAGGAGAGCUGAGAUGCUCUAGAGCUACCAAUAGUGGAUGAAUUUCCCCCCCUCUUUCUUUUCCUGUCUCAGGAUGGGUUUUAUUUCCAUUCCUUGAUGUGAAUGUCAAUGUUUUAGGGACCAUCAAAAUCCAAAGUUAGGUAGGGCAUAAAUGUGAGGGGUAAUAAUUGUUUGACUAACAGCUUUUUGGCCAUGCAGAGGAAUUCAUGAAACUUGUUAAGCAACAUUUUAAGUGUAGACAAGCCCAAAGGGUGUGUGUCUGUUUGGAUUUUCCUUAGCAAAAGUAGGAGGAUAAAGAGAAGAAGGGCUGACUUUUUCUGCUCAUUUGGCUGGGUGUGAGGAGCUGAUUGCAAUCUAAUUCACAGUGUUUCUAAAACGUUGGCUCCAGUGGCAAGUGCAGCACAUAGGUAACCUCUGUUGGACCUGAUUCACCACUGUGCUGCUACAGCUGUACGCUGGUACAGCUCCAUUGACUUCAGUGGCAGGUGCAGAGAGGGGGUAAAGGAAGCAUCAUGGCUUGUCUCUCAAUCCUCAUUAGGCAGAUUGCCGAAUUAGAUGAAGCUCCAUUGGUUUCACUAGCAUUUUACCAAGGAUAAAUUUUACUUAGUGCAUAGUGUUGAGGGUAGCUCCCUCACUCCCUUUUUUUUUGCCAUUUUGAUCCUGCCUCUUGCAUUCCAGAAGGACUUUCUGCUUGCCUUAAAAAAUGGAAAAUGAGUAAACAAAAAAUAUAGAUAGUUUUAACCUGUUUUUCUAGUCCACCUCAAAAGAAGUUUGUUGUACUUGGCUACUGGUCAGAAAUUGAGUAUUGCUAUCUUUAACUACCUGAGCUUCAGGUGGCCAUACAAUCUUGAUGCAGCCUUCCUGAAUCCAGGUACAAUAGCCAAAACCAACCCUCAUGCAUCAUUCCAUACUAAUUGUUGUCCUGCAGAUACAGAUAGAUCAGUGGACAUCCUCUUGAAUGGGAUUUCCUCCUCUCCUUUUUGCAAAGCUCUAUCAAACAGAGUUUGUACACUGGAGAAUGUUAGAAGGUAGGAGGACAGAUGCCCAGGUUGCAAAUCACUAACUGAGCAGUUGUGACAGCUUGUAAGUCUGUUUCUUCGGUGCUUUCCUACCUCUGGCUCCCCCUCUGUGCAGUGUUGAAGAGCUCUUCCCUUGCAAAAAUCUCUUCUCAGCUUUUUUGCCUCAUCUUUUGCUGUCAAAGAAGGGCUCUAGAUUUCUCUUUGUGUUCUGUCUUUUGUUCUGCUAGUCUGACCCCACUGUGCAGGGACAGAGGGAGUUGGACGAGCCUUACCACAGUGCGCUUCACCAGAGUGAUCCCUGCAUUAUGGUUAAACACCUCUCUUGCUGUAAAUUAAAGCAUGGCAUUUCCCACAGGCUGCAAUUAGUAGCAGAAAAACAACCCUUUGUGGAAUACAAUCUGCAGGAGCUGGAGGUGCUGAUGCCUAGCUUAUUGCUAGAGCCAGGGAGGCAUUUUUGUUUGCUUUAUGUCUCAAAAAUCAACUCUUCUCCACUUUGGUUGCUGCUCCUGCUUCCAGCCCAGAAAUCUGCUCUUUGGUAUUUCCAGUGACUGUUGGAAGUGUCAAAACUCAGUUUAGUCAUGUGCUGUUACCUCCUGGUGACAGCUGCUGCAGAUGUCUCACAGCACAUCAGCAUGCUAUUGGGCUUGGGAGAAUGUGUGGGUGAGAUGCAGGGGGCUGUUCCUGCAGGCUCCUCUCUGCAUGGGGCUGGGUCUAGUUUUGAGGAAUGGCUUGAGUCUGCCCCACAGAGAGGCCUGUACCUGCUUUGUUUUGUUCAAGGGAGUACAACAAGUGAAUGUCAUUGUCCUGAGAAUUUCCAAGUGAUGAGUUAUACAGUAGAUGUGGAGCAGACAAUGGGACUCAAGCACUCUUGCUGAGUGAAGCAGCCGAGCCUUGUUUUGCCCCAGUGCAAAGUGUAAUCCUUUCCUUCAAAUGACCAAAUCUUUCCUCUCCCUUUUCAGCAUUGCUUAAUGGUUGUAAGCUUCCCAGUCUCCCUCUAGCAUAGGAGAUCACUGACUGUUAAGAGCAAACACCCCACCUUACUAACACGAUGAGGCUUCAGGGCAAUCCAAACUCAUACAUGUCAGUAUGACAAACUGGUUGGAUCCUGAUCUUUGUUUUUUGGUGAAAGCUGUUCUUCAAACAAGCAUUCGAAACACAUAUUGAAAACAUGUCCUUGCCAAACCCUGUUUGACAGAGAUGGGCUGGGGAGACUGUAUGGCUGUAGUACCAUUUUCAGACCCACUCAUUCGUUCUUUCACAUUCAAGUACCAAACCUAAGAAUCAGGACUUCUGUGAAGCUGUCACAUUGGCCAGUAGGUUGAUGACUUUUGCUGCUAGAAACGAAAUGUAAACCAGUGUGUUCAUAUUUAUUUUACUGUGCUGACCACUAGUUGAUUUGUUAAUAUUUAAGACAUUGUUCUGUAGGUUGUUUUUGUUGAAAUAGGAGUCUCUACAUGGCACUUUGCUUUUGGAUUGGAGCAGGUAUUUAUUAUAGUUGUGAACGUGUUUUCCCUGCAACAUAUGCAUUGUUUUCUUUCAUUUGGUGCACACCAAACAAAACAACCCAACUCAAACAACAAAACUUACUCUCCCCAAAAAACCCAAACACAGCAACACCCAAAUCCAACCAAUGGAUCAUCUUUGUUUCUUUUCAUGCCGAACAAAGUGGGGAUUUUCUUGCAACUUGCUCAUUAAAUGUCCAGGGGUGUCUGUAUUUUUUUCCCCUCUAAUGGUUCUUUUGGUAACUUGGGAUGAUAUUUUUAAAGACAAAUGACAUUCAUGCUACAUGUAAGCAUUUCUUUUAAGGCAAGGAAGUAAACCAUAUGGAAUCCCUGAGGAUUAUGAAAGUGAUACUAUUUUCUUUGUAUUAAGCAUUAGUUGUUAUUUUGUGUUCUGCACUAACAAGUAAAUGAGUUAUAAUCUUGCCUAACAUUGGUCGCUUUUUGGCUCUCUUUGCUUUCUUCAUGCACAUCAAAAGGAACCCUGAAAACUUCUGUGGAGUUGCCUAUGAUGGUCAUCAAUGUAACAAAAUGCAGGGUUUUUUUCUGUAAAGUUGCUUGUUUUUCUUUCCUUUCCUGGAUGCCCAUUUUAGGGCAUUAGAUGGGAAAGCUACUGCCAUAAGCACGAGUUUAUAUUUUAGCUUAUUAUUAAUGCAUGAUGUCCUUUUGCUAUUUUACUUAAGUGAUACUCUCACCUGUAACCAAUGAGAAUCCUGCCUCAGGCAGGAGUAACAGAAAUACCUUAGCUAAAUACAUUAUGUUGGCUAGGGCCAGGCAAGGUACCAUGCUAAAAUUUGUCUUUUACUCCCAUGUUUGAAUUACAACACUCUUAAGGUUUUGCUUUUUUUUGAGGAAGGCAUUUCUGAUUCUGUAAGGAUUUGGUCCUGCUCUGGCUAAAACAGUUUGAAGUAUGGUGACUUUAGCUGAGUAGGAGCAAGCCUUGAAAACCCUUCAGGAAUUUCACAUUGCUGAUAUUUUCUCAUGUAUGCGUGUUUUGUUUUGUGCUUUUGGUUUUUGUCUUUUUUUUUUUCCAAAGAUGUUACAACCAUGUAUACAAGGAUGCUCUGGAUGAGAUGGACAUCAGUUGCUCAUCAUGGAAAAACAAAUGUUGUGGCUGUCAAAGGAUUGACAGAAAAUGGAGAGAUAUGGUCCUGGUUUCUUUGAAGCCAGUGCUGAGUUCCUGUUGUUUUGAGCUGUGCUGUCUUCUUUGCCAUCUGCAUGAAGUUGAAAGUGAAAAUAUAAAAGGAAAAUCCACUUUCAAAUAAAUGUGGUCAAGGAGUAGUUCUGGGAAUCUCUCCUUUAAAAAAUGGAUCACAACUGAAAAUGUCUUUUUAUCUGAAGUACCUGCAGGUAAAGGAAGGACUGUGGAUUUUUAAAAGUAAGAUCAGUUUUUCAGUCAGUGUUUUGCAGGGGAAAUACUACUUGAUGUGAUUUCCUUCUGCCUCUGUCCAGCAGCAUCAUUUGCAAUGCUUUGAAUAUGUUUCAUCUAGAGCCUUCUUGUCAGGUUUGGUUUUGUACGUUUGUCCUUAAUUUCUUUAUAUUGUACUGACCCCUGUGAGGGAGUAGUUGAUGAAAAAGAGUUUUGUUUUGUUUUUUCUUCUUCAGUACAUAAUAAAUCAUCUUGCUCUUA